UCAAUCACUUACAUCAAUUUCGACCUUAAUCAAUCAACCACUGUCACAAUGAAGAAAAAACCAGUUCGAAAAUCGAAUCCCAUUUUGAAGUUAGCAAGAGGCCUUCGUGUUUCCGACUGCGAGAUUCAAAUACGACCCAGUGACAAAGAAUGUUCCCCAGCUCCUAGAUAUAGUUCAACUAGUAAAUUCUUCACAGUCACCCUAGAAUUUGGGGGUAAAUUUGAUAUUGGGAAAAAAUAUUCUGCAUAUCUAGGUGGGAGUACAAUAAUGUUUGACUAUGUGGAUUAUGAAAGGGUCACACUUGCUGACUUUAAGUCUGUGGCAGAAUUUAAAGGGUGCAAAAAUCCUAUGAGACUGCACACAUAUGUUGGUUGUGGGAGUUUCAUGUUACUUUCAACUGAGACUGAUCUUGAGAGUGUGUGGCAAAGACAAUUUAACAAGGUUAGGGAGGUUAGUUUGUUUGUUGAAGAGCUAAGUGAAAAUACAGAAAUUGUUAAUGCACCUGAAAUUGAAAAUGAGGUUGGUGAAGAUGAUAGUGAUGAAACUUUUGAGUGGGAGAAUGAUAGUGAAGUUGACAAGUUGGAUGACAUCUUGUUUGAUGAAAAUGUGGAUGAAGUUGAGGUUGAGGUUGGGGUUGAGGCAGAGGAGGGUGAGGUUGAGGGUGAGGGUGAGAAGGGUGAGGGUGAGAAGGGUGAGGGUGAGGGUGAGAAUGGUGAGGGUGAGGGUGAGACUGAUAGUGAUGAAACUUUUGAGUGGGAGAAUGAUAGUGAAGUUGACAAGUUGGAUGACAUCUUGUUUGAUGAAAAUGUGGAUGAAGUUGAGGUUGAGGUUGGGGUUGAGGCAGAGGAGGGUGAGGUUGAGGGUGAGGGUGAGAAGGGUGAGGGUGAGAAGGGUGAGGGUGAGGGUGAGAAUGGUGAGGGUGAGGGUGAGACUGAUAGUGAUGAAACUUUUGAGUGGGAGAAUGAUAGUGAAGUUGACAAGUUGGAUGACAUCUUGUUUGAUGAAAAUGUGGAUGAAGUUGAGGUUGAGGUUGGGGUUGAGGCAGAGGAGGGUGAGGUUGAGGGUGAGGGUGAGAAGGGUGAGGGUGAGAAGGGUGAGGGUGAGGGUGAGACUGAGCUUGGGGUUGAGAAGGGUGAGCUUGGGGUUGAGAUUGAGGCUGAGAAGGUUGAUGAGGGUGAGGAGAGUGAUGAAGAUUUAAAUCAGGUCGUGGAUGAGGUUGCUGAGUUUAUGGCUAAGAAUGGUGGGUUUGAUGCUGAUGGUGGUGUUGGUGGGGAGAGUGAGGAGAGUGAGGAUAGUGAGGAUAGUGAGGAGAGUGAUGAUGAUAUUUUGGAUUGGGAGUAUGAUAUGGAAGCUGACAAGGUAGAUGACAAGAUGUUUGAUGAUAAUGUGGAUUUUGAUGCUGAAUGGUUGCAUGGUCAGGGGGAAGGUGUUAAGAAAUGUGCAAAUGAUGGGUUGAAGUGCACUGUUUGCCAUGUGGAAGGCCACAACAAGAGAGGCUGUCUUCUAAUGAAGGAAGGUAAUGCAGAUCCUGCAGCCAUUGGUCUAGAAGAUAGGCCUCAAAAGCUGAAGGCUAGAAGGAUGACAGACAAAGCUCCUGCAAUAGGAGUUUCAACUCAAGAAAGUGUUGUAACUGGUGAAGGCCAAGCCCACAAGAAAAGAAAGGAAGGGAAAAAACAAACCACAGUCCCAAAAUUCAUUCAAGCACCUUCAAUGUACAAUCAAUAUACUUCUGCUCAGUUGGGUCCAACUUCUGGGGUGAACAUUAGAGGGCCUCCUACAUUUCAGGUGGGUCAAUUUAUACCAAGUCAAGAAAGUUGCCUUUCAGAGAGGGACACUAGGCUCAAACAAAUAUUUCAAGAAGGAGGACAGAAGUACAUAUCUGUGUCUGAGCUUAUAUCUGGCAUGAACAAUCCAAAGAAGAGUGAUGAUGGCAGAGGAAAACAGAAAUUGCUGUGA